UUCAAACAAAAAUUUAUUUUGCCACUAGGAAGGAAAAUGUGCCGAAUAUAUGGUUAACUGAUUUGUACAGUGAUUUGUUUACUUAUCGAGAGCUUUCAGUUGAUGGAACGACAAAAAGAGCAAGGGGUGCUUUGUUCUGAUUCAUUUGCGGACUGUGUAGACUGAACUCUUUUUUUUCUUCUUAUUUUGUUAUCCCAGGCUUUUCAAACACACUGUCUGCCUGAAUAACUGGCCAAACAGCAAAACCCAGAGAAGAAAAGCUGGCACGGUUUAGAAAGCAGAUCACACUCGUCUCAUUAGCUCUGCUGCACGUGGAUGGGAGAAAUGUUUUUCAGUCUUGAUGUAAUCUUUUAUCCGACACUGGAUUAAACGAGCUGAAUGGCAUCGAAGAAUAUACAGAGGACUCGUGAGCAGACCGUGGUCUCAUCUGCAUGCCUUGAUUUACCUCUCUCCUUUUGAGCGCAUUAUCAAUAGUCACCUUGGCAACAGCUCUCUCGCCAACAUACCUCUUCAGGAAAAUAAGAUACAUGCAAGAGAUGCUAUAAAUUUCCGAAGCAGCAUUCUGGGCUCCGAUUAAGACUUUUCAAGAGAUUUGGUUCACAGCGUGAGAGCAAAUCAAACAGCAGUUUAACCGAAUUAAACUAACAUUGUUAUCACGGAGACAUCAAAGUACUUGCUUAAUCUCAGAGGACUGAGGAACUCAGCAAAUGAGCUGGCAGCUGGUUUGAGGGGUCUGAUUCUGUCGAGAUCGUUCCACAGGAUGGUGGAGCUUUUUAACUGUCGCUAUCUCAGACGAACGGAGACGCAGCAAAAUCCUCAGCCGUGUUUGCAAAGAGGAGCAGAGAAGUAAGGAAAAGCAGAGCAGAAGCUGAAUGUCUGACUGAAAGAGAAAUUACCAGCAAGCAGUUUCUGUUGAGAAUGUUUAACUGCUGCAUGCCAGGGUUUACUGAAACAGCUGAAGCUUUUUCUGAAGGUCUCCAAUUAAAGCGAAAAGUGUGCCUCCAUUAAAUGAGACAGGGCAGUUGAUUUUUUUUCUUGGCAUUCUUCCACUUUUGACCUCUGCCCUUGCUGCUGAAGUCAUUCAACGACACAUGAGAGUUGACGACAAAAACUUCUUGCCAUAACAGGACACCCAAGCCCAAAGUACUACAGGUCUACAAUGAAGUGCUCGCUGCGGGUAUUUCUCCUUUCCCUUGUGCUACUUGUUGUGUUUCUUACUUCGCUGUUUUUCACCGAUACGCUGACAGGCGUGACCAAUAUGGCUUACCUGGAGACCCAGGGUGGGGAAAAUUCCCAUCGGGUCAAGUUGGUGCCUAGUUACUUAGGUGUACAGAGGUUGAGCAAGGGUCUUGUGGACCAGAAGAUGUGUGCCUGUGACCACUGCGUAGGUGAUCUCGGUCUGUCGCAGUGGUUUGAUGAGCACUUUGAUCAGGACAUUCUACCACUUUGGACGAAAGCGAACAUGAAACUGGAUCCUGACGUGUACAACUGGUGGGUGAUGCUUCAGCCACAGUUCAAACCACACGACCUGAAGGAUGUCUUGCCUAAACUCUUCCUCACUGUGCCCGGAGAGAAUCCAUACACCUCCUGGAACCGUUCGCGCUGUCGGCGCUGUGCAGUGGUGGGGAAUUCCGGAAACCUCCAUCAUUCUCACUACGGAGCAGACAUUAACUCUCAUGAUUUCAUCAUGAGAAUGAACCAAGCUCCAACCAUCGGCUUUGAAGCAGACGUGGGCAGCCGCACAACACACCACUUCAUGUACCCAGAGAGUGCAAAAAAUCUCGCACCGAAUGUCAGCUUUGUUUUGGUUCCCUUUAAAACUUUGGACCUCCUGUGGAUCACCAGCGCCCUGUCAAUGGGGGAGAUUAGAUUGAUCUCUUCCCUUUUAUUUACCUAUGUUGUUGGUACCGAUGCGAACCACAACCACUGGCUGUUCUUCCUCCACCCUCCAGAAGAUUCUGUAGCCACCCUCCAGAAGAUUCUGUAG